AUGGGUCCAAACACCAGCAAUGCGAAUUCGCUAAGUAAUAUUGGCGUUUACACAACAAUUGUCAUAAAAUAUUUGUCGGUAAAGUUGUAUUGUAAGCUUUUCUGCAGGCAUAGACUAAGGGUUGUAAAUGUUUUUAAAGAUGUAGAUAGAGAAGGCGUGUAA